GGGGAUGAAGUACGGACACCUUUUCGCGGCGGAAAGCGUGAGGGUGACGUUGAAAGAGUCGUGAUGACCGAGGGAGAGGCAAAAGAGGCAGAUGUCAAGAACCCACCAAAGGUCCUCUUCACCGACCAACUUGGCCAUCGUGUUGCACAUAAUCCCGGCACGCUUAAACAUGUGACGAAGGAGUAA